AUGCUGUCCCCGCCGCCGCGCGCCCCGCCGCAGCCCUCGCCCACCCACGACCGCAAGCCCGCCUUCCUGCGCUCCAAGACAGACGUCACGCCCCGCCCGCAGGGCCUGGGCAUCUCCCACAAGCCCGACCCGCCACACGCCCCCGAGACGCCCUCGCACUCGUUCACCCACCUGGCCCCGUCGCUCACGUCGCCCGCCUAUGCCAGCCACUCCAAGUCGCAGACCUCCCUCAUGAGCGGUCUGACCGAGAAGCUGUCUGGCAGCUCCCGCGCGUCCCCCGCGCCCACAUCGGCUCCCACCAAGUCCAAGUCGCGGCUCAGGAACCCCAUGUCCCUGCUCAUGCGGCGGCGAUCGGGCCAGACCCUCGACCCCCUCCACGACGAGUCGCUGGUCACACAGCGCUCGCCCUCGUUCAUCCCCCCGCUCCGCGACAACUACGACCCCAGCAUUCGCGGCAGCAUCAUCCACGACUUCAACGCCCCGCGACUGAACCGCAACUUCUCGUACAACAAUGCCUACGGAACCAGCCCCGUCCCGCCAGCUACCCCAGGCGACAUGGGCCGAGUCAGUCCGCCAAAGAUCGACAAAGAGCACACCCCUGUCUUCCACGAGCACUUUGACGACGACACCAGCUACGAGCAGUCACAAGCGGCUGUCCGAGCCGAGCAGUUGGCAAACAACGACUUUGUGGCGCGCAACUCGAUGCUGCUGCUGUCUGAGCCCUCGCCUCCUGAGAGUGCACCCGCACCUGUGUCUGUAUCCACACCUGUGUCCUCACCCGCAUCUGUACCUGCAUCCGCACCUGCCCCUGCGCCCACGUCAGCACCCCCACAAGACACGAAAGAAGCAGCAUCAGACACAUCCCUCGAACCACCUGCGCAAUCCAUGUCGCCCCCUCCUCCACCCCCCUACCAAGCUGUCGACCUCGUCUCGACAGUCCUCUCCCCCGUCGAGGAAGUGCCCAGCCCUACGUAUGCGCCAACAGACGACAUGCCGAAGUCGAAGAAGUCGACAAAGUCGACAAAGAGCCCUCCGCCAUCGAGGUCGCGAGCGACUUCAGUCACAGAUCCCUCGUGGCAGCCCGCUGGAUUGCCCGCACAUCUCAGCAGUCGAGCCUCAAGGUUCAGCUUCCAGAUCAACGGUGGCAGUGACUCGACGCAGGAACACGUCAUGGAGGAGAGACACAGGAAGAAAGCAGCGGAAAAGGCAUCCAAGCAAGCGCACUCCUCGAACACCAUCGAGGAUGAGUACGAUGAGUUCGACAUGGACGACGAUUACGACAUGGAUGGUGGUUUCGAGGAAGAGAUCCCCAUGCUGGGAGAAGAAGAUGACUUCAGUGGUUUGGGGAACCAGAACAUCAACGAUGGCAUCAGCAGCUUUGACUUUUCGACACUGUCCAUCAAUCCAGGUCAGAUGAAUCACAUGGGCAUGGUCUCCACUGACCAGCUUCAAGCCCCGUAUGAUACAAACGGCAAUCCCAUAGGGUUUGCAAUGUCCGGAGGGGUGCAGCAGAUGCAGUCGAGCGAGAACCGCGUGUAUUUGAACCCUGAAGAGGAUGACGACGACGAGAUGCAGCCAGCACAAGCAUAUGGCCUCCAAUCACAUGUUCACAUGCCCAUGCAGCAAGCUGUCGGAAACCUAGGCCUUCAAGGAGCAUCUUCCAGUAGCGACGUGAGUCCAGGACACCUCAAUCUCGAUGACGACAUGUAUUUCGACGACGGUCUGAUUGGCGAACAAGAUCUUGACGAUGCGCCUGCGUUCGAUGAAGAGACAUUUGAUGAUCCCCAGGGUCCUCUAUACGAGCGUAAAAUGAAGGAAGCACCCGCCGAAGAGGCACCCUCAUCGCAACCUCUACAGGCGUUGCCUUCAGAGACGGGAUAUGAAGCGGACGAUGACACUCUGUCCAAGCACCUAGCGAAGUCAGAGCCUUCCUUACAACACAAAACGUCAAUUGCGCAUGCGCCAGCCGGACCGACCAUGUUCAGCUUCGAUGAUAUGGGCUCGUACCAUACAGCGCUCGUCGAUGCAGCGAAUCGUGCGGAAGCCGAAGGGCGCUUCGCACGGAAGGCGAGUGUUGACAUUGGAAACACUAGCUCUGAGCUCGAUGAAGCCUCGUCGGUCAGCCACUCACGUCCAAGCUUGGUCCCUGAUGAAGGCCGCUUCAGCCCAGACACGGUUGGCUUCCCACUCGACGACGAUGUCUACGGGACAGACAUGAGUUUCCAGGACGAUUACGACUACAGCGAAUACGAUUCGGCUCUCGAAAACGACCCCAUGAUUGCCGCUGCCAAUGCUGAGGCGCUGGCCUACGAUGACGAAGGGUUCUACGGGAGCGAAUUCGGCUUCUAUGCUGCAGCCGGUGACGCACAGAGUGAAUGGGGCGGCGUUUUCGCCUCCGGGCUUAAUCGCGCUGUCAGCGGGCGUAACGUGAUGAGAGAGCCUAACUUGACACCUAUUACCGAACGCAGCGAGUACAGUACUCGCAAUUCGUUCAUCAGUCUGAACAACUUCCGCGACGGAUCGCUGCCGAUAGCCAGUCCCGGCCUCGCUCAGCUGGCGCGUCUCAGCCCAUACGGAUGGCCUGCUGAAGAGGAGGACAUGAGUCUCGACGCCUUGAUGAAACUGAGGAAGGGAGCGUUUGGUGGCAGCGCAUCGAGUUUGCCGAGCAGUACUGCAAACAGCCCCCGCAACCCGUCACCAUUUGGCAUGCAGUUUGCACCAAGAGCUGGUAGCGCAGCCGGCAGUCGUAUGCAAGAGCAUUAUGGGAGCGAGAUGGAGAGCGACGAGUCGGGGAACCUUGCAGAUAACUUUGACGACAACGCGGAAUACGACGAGGGCCUAAUGGACGCAGUCAACGGCGCUUUCGAGGACGGGGACGAAGGCCGUAGCGAUGGCGACGAGCGCCCCGAGAGCCCGACUCUCACAGUGAGCGACUACAACUCGCUGUCAAGCCCCGUUGGGCACCACGACCUACCGCCGUUCUCGCCACCGCCGCGCCCUCAGAUCCUGCAGAUGCAAAGCCUGUACAUGCAACCUCCAACCACCCUCGCCUCCGCCAUAAAGUCGCCCGCAAGCAUCGCUCUCCCAAUGUCACCCUUCGGCAUGCCCCUCCCCUCGCCCUUCACAAUGAGCAAACACCCCGCCUCCCCCCCGCCCAUCGACACCUCCCUCUCGUCUCCCGCGGCAACCUCCUCUACCGGCCCCCGCCGCCAGUCCGUCGGCUUCGCGUCCCCGAUCUCGGCCUCCUCGCCCAUGACGCCCAACGGCAGCGGCUGGCGCGCCGGCCACUCGCGCAAAGGCAGCGCCGCAGACAGUGUGACGUACGUGCGCGAGCACGACGAAGCGGGCGAGGGCCGCUGGGUGCUCGAGCGCCGCCGCACCGCCGAGAGCGGCGAGCUGGAGCUCAUUGGCCGCGAGAUUGUCGAGGGCGGCAGAAUUUGAUACCCGCUGAGCCUAUGUGUGGCACAGCAUGGCAUGGCGUAGCAUAACACGAUUUGACACGGUGUGGCAUAACACGAUAUGGCAUGCUGUGGCAUUUAGGGAGUUUGGAGCGAUAGUGUAUUUUUUUUUUUGGACAGAAAAGUAGUAAUGCUGCGAUGAUGGGACGGGCUGGCCCUUGUUACCGAUGAUAGAUACCAUAGCAUAGCAUAGCGUAGCGUAGAUCAAUGAUGAUACUGCAGUCACUACUGUGAAGCCAUC